AUGGCCGACGCACUCCCCGCCAAGCUGAAGAGGCUGCAGCUGGCGCCCUUUGCGAAGAGAGCUGCCCAGCUGGAGCGCUUCAAGCCCAUUGUCUCGUACUGGCUGCGCUUCUACAUGGUGCAGAAGGUCAUUGCCGGCGGUCUCCACUCGGCAGACGAAGAAUGCACCGUCUUCACCACCAACCUGAUGGAGCGCCUGGAGCAGACCAAGGCCGACACCCCCAACGAAGACGCCCUGCUGGACGAUGUCGUCGCGAGCGCAUACUGCGAACAGUUCGCCCUGCAGACGUUUGCCAAGGGCGAAAAGGACAUGGCGGAGAACAGAGCAACUGGCAACACGGCAGACACGCUCCUGGCAGCCUCGACCUUCCUCGAGAUCCUGUCCAUAUGGAAGCCAGACGCCGACCCGGAGAUCACUUCCAAGACAAAGUUCGCAAAGUACCACGCCCUGCGCAUCCUGAAGGCCAUCAAGGCCGGCCAAGACCCCAACGAAACCAACCCCGCCCAGGAGACACAUCAAGCCCUCGACCCUCCCAUCCUCGACCCGAGCGACCCAGAGGUUCAGAACAUAAUCCAGACCCCCCAGCAGCAGCAACCCCACAACCCAUACCAGCCAUACGUCGAGUCGGCGCCUGAUUUCUCCGGACAGCCCUCGCCCGCAUUUACUGCGCCAAAGGUCUCGCCUCCAGCCAACCUCCCCACCGUACCCACAGGAUACACACAACCAUCACACAACGAUGUGUCUCCCAUGUCGCAGACGGCUUCGUCGCGCAAUGGUUCUGUUGCUUCCAUUGGCGGAGGAUACUUCCCAAGGACCGACGUGCCGCCUCCUACCUUCUCAGCAGAGAACACCGCGCCUACUCUGCCAACUGCUCCAUCCAUGGGCGAUGAGACCAUGACGACACCUAUGGGAGGCUCAUCAUUAACUCAGACAGCUGGAGCACCAGAUCCCUCCAGUUUCUACCAGAACCCUGUCUCUCCUCCGCCGACCGCACAGCCUCCACAGAAUCCAUACAUGUCCCCGACGUAUACAACUCCUGCCCCACAACAACCACAGCCACCACCCAUAUUCCAAUCGAGUCCGGCCCCACCACAUCAGCAGUACUCAGCACCCCCACCUCACCAAAAUCCAUACGCUCAACCAGCUGCACCUCCUCCAACAACAUCCCAAGGCCCCUUCAGGAACGACGAAGAUUCACUCCGAGAAGCGAAAAAGCAUGCAAAGUGGGCCAUAUCAGCGAUCGACUUUGAUGAUGCAAAUACCGCCGUGAAGGAAUUGAGAGUGGCUUUGAAGGCUUUAGGGGCAAUCUAGAAAGCGUUGACGUUGUAGCGCGUUGAGUAGCCGACUGUAACACGCGAGUUCGGCCCUCGUAAUGACCGCUCUUUUCGACAGUGACAUUGUUGUGGAUGUCUGGCAGUGGGUGGAAUUGGUAUAGAGGCUUCGUUGUAUACCCUUAAUGAGCUACGGACUACAUACAUUUUUGUGGAUCCUCCAUCUACAUGAUUGAAGAACUGGUACAUACACAGAAUAUCCAAC